AUGGUCAUAACUACAAUUAAUGUGGAAAGAGAUAUACGACGUCGAUAUAAUCGACGAGUACUAUUUUGUCUUAGAAUUAAAGGAGCUGCUUUACUCAUUGGUUUCUGGGAUUUAUUUAUUCAUUUAUUUGCUUUAUGUGCACUUAUAUUGAUGUUUGGACGAACAGCUGAGACUAUAAAUGAAUUAACACCAACAAAUAAUCAAUUAUAUCGUCAAGUACCACCAACAUUUGAUAACUAUCGUGAAUCAUCAUCAUCAGAUGUUUUAAUAAAUAAUCAAAGAUCUCUUUCAAAACAUAUAUUAUUCAAACAUAUUUCAGAAAAACGUAAUAUAACUCGUCCAUUAAUACAAAUUAAUACAAAAAAUUUUUAUUCACAUUGGGAUUUAAUUACUUUUCAUUGGCUACAAUCACUUAGUCAACAAGAUAAAUGUAUUGUCUUUAUCAUUCUUUGUUCGGCUACAAUUCUCAUAUUAGCACAUAUUUGUGGAAUUAUAACAAAUAAACCAUCAUAUAUAGUUCCAUAUUUUUUAAUAAAAGUUUUUAAUGUUAUUAUAACAAUAUUAUCAAUGUUAGGUUUUUAUGCUUAUUUACCAGAUAUAAGAACUUGGCUUAUAAUGCAACCACAUUUUCCAUAUAAAAAUUAUUUAAUUAAUUUUGAUACACAAACACUUCAACUUCUUGUAUUUAGUUUUCUUUUAUUCCUUAUUUUAGCUAAACUUUAUAUUGUGGCUAUUAUUUGGUAUUGUUAUGGUUAUGUAACAGCAUUAGCAAUGGCUCGAACUAUUGGAACAAUUACAGCUCAUGGUGAUGAUUCACAAACAAUUAUGGGAGAAAUGUAUUCACCACCGAAAUAUGAAGAAGCAAUUCAAUCCAAUUCUCAACAACAAGAAGAUUAUGCACCACCUCCAUAUACACCAUUAUUAUCAUCAUAA